GACUCAAGGAAGAAUGGUAUCGCCGCCGGGUACUAAAUAAUUUUUCCUCAGGCGUUAGUCCACAAGCCCUACUCCUGACCAGGGGGGCUGACGAAUAGGGAUGAAGUAAUGCAAACUAGAAGCACUCGGAAUUUUUGUUGUGCUUUUAGUGGCGACGAAUGACUAAAUAACAUGUAUCGAAUUUCUGGCACUGUGCUGCUAUAUCUGUACUUACCACCCCUUCUAUCUGGUUCUACCGUAUGCAUCCGUUAAUUUAGUCUACCUUUGCACGAUGCCUGAAGCUGGGGUAAAGAACGGCAGUCAUUGCGUAGUGCUGAGCCAGGAACAAAUAAUAGUAAACACACGUUGAGUGAUGGGUAUCACGGAGUCCCGGACGAUGGUUGUAUUCUUCCAUGGACCAUGUAGAUUGGGGUGUCAUAUCUUCGUACGGUGGCCUUCUCAGUUUAGCAAGCGUAUGCGUUUUUGCGGGAGCUUUCGGUUCUCUUCCGAGCGCUCGCAAGUCAACUUCGAAACCAAGAAACGGAAAUGUCCUCGAACCUGACGACGGGGAGGAAGAAUCUAUUUCAGAGCAAUUGUCUUCGGCUGACGCGUGGACAUUCCCUAUCAUCGGGUCCGUGGCUUUAUUCGCCACGUAUUUGUUGGUUCAGUAUUUUGGCAAAGAAUGGUUGAAUAGACUGUUGGGUUGGUAUCUCUCAUUUGUGGGAGCGGGGUGCGUCUGGAGGUGUCUCGUUCGCCUUGCGAGAUUAGGGGCUGGGAAGGAUUGUUGGCAGCGGUUCGACCAAACUCGUGUCUUCGUACUGAAGGGACCUCUAGAAUUGUUCUCGAUGUCUUUGAGAACCCCCUCAUUGAUACUAUUGCCUGUGUCUUUGAUACCUUCCGCCCUUUACGUUUCGUCCGAGACGAAUCGGAAGUCUAUCAUCCUAACAAAUAUCCUCGCCCUCGCGCUUGCCCAUAAUGCACUGUCCAUCCUGAGACUGGACUCUUUCCAGACAGGUUGUGUCUUGCUUUCAGGUCUGUUUCUGUAUGACGUCUACUGGGUGUUUGGUACCAAUGUGAUGGUUGAGGUCGCUACGUCACUCGACGUGCCCAUCAAAAUUCUAUGGCCUAAAUCCCUCUCAUUCACAACGGAAAAGGGGGUCACGAUGCUCGGACUCGGCGAUAUCGUCAUACCUGGCAUGUUUGUCGCCUUGGCCCUUCGUUAUGACUACUCUCGAUCGAAGAAGACGGACUCGUUCAGCAAGCCAUACUUCUUCGUCACAUUAAUGUCCUACAUACUGGGCCUGGUGACCACUAUGACGGUCAUGCACACGCUUGGUAGGGCCCAGCCUGCUUUGCUAUAUCUGAGUCCGACGUGCAUCUUCGCUUUCCUAGCCACCGCUUUCUUCCGUGGUGAACUUCGAGACGCAUGGGUUUGGUCGGAUAACCCUGAACAAAUGCAACAGGAGUGUCCUCCCGUGGCAAAUGCGGACGGGCCACAAGAUGCGGCGCCUUCGAUUAUCCAAACGAAGAACUUAGAUGGUCCUACACAAACGGAAAAUGUAGACGCGGCGCGGCAGGUCGAAUGUGGGCGGGACGGGAAAGACUCGUUGAAAACGGCUCGUGAAUCCGGGGGAUCAAGAUUGAAAAAGAGUAACAAGGGUGGAAAAGAUGCACGAUAGAUUUACCCCGUGCACAUCGGACUGCUUAAGACUACGGACUCCAAUGGAUCUACCCUGCCGGCACGGUACAACGUGUGAAUGAUGAUGAGAGGAUGAACUCUUAAAGAAGUGACCAAAGUUGCUAUACUGUGUGAAUGAAAAG